UACCGUGCGCCGCAGCCUCGCGUGGCGGGGUGGGAGAAAAGGCGGCGGCUUCCUUCCGGGCCGGAAGUCGUGCUCCGGAGAAACGCUUCCCUCCCACAGGAGACUCCCACAGAGCGGGCUCGCCGGUCGCCGUGGAAGCUGACAGAUGCAGGAAGGAAGCCGGCGCUCUCCUGAGAGAGAAGCCGGACCGGCGCUCUGAGGAGCCAGUCCGGCACUGGAGAAAAGAACCGGAACUGGCUAUAGAGACACCGCUCUACUUUGCACACCCCGGACCCAGUCUGGAAGGCACCAAGUCAGCCAAUAUCCAACUAUUGGAACAAAAGUCCUUUCUGUUCCCUCUGUAUUUGUGAAGACCAGACAGAAGCACAGGUUCCAAAGGCCUGCCUCAUCACCAUCAUGAAGGCUUCCUCAAAAGGUCUUCUCACCCACAUUUCCCAGUUCUGGAGUAUGCUUGAUGAUUUGGCUGAAAAUGAUCCCGAGCGCUACCAGAACUUCAUUCAGCAGGAGCUGAAAGAUGGCAAACAGCUCUGCGCCGACCCAGAACCUCAAGUCUGUCUACAGACCAAGAUCCUAAAACCAAAAGAAAAAGUACUUUUUAUCAACCUAUGUCAAUGGGAAAGGAUCCCCACUCCACAGUCAGCUACUCAUCCUGUACCUAUAAGUGUGGGCAGACCAGAAGAUUCUGCUGAGGCAUCAGAUGCUCAUACCAUCAUUGAUGUUGCCUACAAUCCUGGUGUUCUGCAAGUGGCAGAAAGAGACCAAGGGAUCAGAGAUCAGUUAAUAAGGAUGGCCAUGCUGUGCAUCGAGGAGCGACUCCAGCUCACACUUGCACACUCAUACUGUGUUACUAGUAUUAGGCUGAAAGGAAGCCUCCAGAGAAUGAAGGCAAGGCUGAUGGGCACUAGAGAUGACUUCCCAGACUUCAAAGCAAUGAUGAGAACAGAAAAUACUCUUGAGAGGAUCAGAAGCAGUACUUUGAGUGAACCUAAUCACCUACCUGAGGUGCUAUUGACAAAAACACAAGCAUCAGCCAAAGGACGAUGUCUUAUAGAAGAGAUUUCUAGUUCAGAAAUCCAGGUGGAGGUUAAGCAACCUGCCUAUGAAUUAAAGGUUGUAAAGGAUCAGAACGAGAAACCUCAGAAAAUUGAGCUGAAAGUCGAGUUACCUGGGAUCAAGUCAGUCUCUCUCUGUGAACUUAGUGUUUCUGAGGUAAGUUAAACAAAUACUGCAGUAGUCCUAAGGAGGCAGCUCUGGGGGAUUGUUUUCAGGAACUCCUACAGAUGAGCAGAUCCACUGAUGGCCAAUUUUUUUUUAUUGUUUGCAAGUAACAUUUGCAUCUGCAUGUACUUGAGGUUUUCUAUGAUUGAAUAACAUGUAAGUGCUGUAUCAAUUCAGUUGUACAUCAGCUUUGCAUCACUAUAACAGACGCUUAAGAUAACUUUAAAGAGGAGGGAUUUGUUAGGGCUCAUGAUUUCAGAGGUUCCAACCUUGUUCACAUAGCCAUUUUCACACAUGUGCUGAAGUGCCAAGCACAUC